GAGUUCACGAUUCAGUGCAGAACCGCAGGCGCAGCGAAGUAGAACGCACGAAGACGACGGCGGCAACGACGCGGCGAAGAUUAUUGUGUGAAUUAGUAUUAUUAAAUGCAAAUGCAACAAGUCUGAGACCUGACAGUGCGAGUGAACAAAUUAAGCAGAGCCCCGCAGUGGUUAAUAGUGCUAAAUAAACAGUUUUUGGUGCUUAACGAUUAACGAGCUACAAAUUAAUUAUUUCGUAAAAAAAAAAAAAAUUACAAAUUAUUUGCAGUCGACUGACGAUUCAGCUUCACGACGACCCGAUUCGCUGUUGGCAGGGCGACAAAUAGGGAUUGGAUUCGCGCAGCUAUAACGGCGCCAUGGAGUUAACCAAACAUUUGAGUUUAUUGGCGCUCGCUCUGGUCGCGGUGCUGGCGUUUUAUGGCCACUCCACAGAUGCCUGCGUGUGCGAGCUCGCGCACCCACAGAAGCAUUACUGCAACGCUGAUUAUGUGGUGCAGCUGCGCGUUCUCCGCAAAUCGGAAACCCUCCAGAAGUACCAGACGGUGUACAAGGUGCAGAUAAAGCGCAUCUACAAGGCCACACCUGAAGCUCGUCGCAUGCUGCGCGACGGUCGCUUGUCCUCGCCGAGCAGCGACUCCAUGUGCGCCAUCAAGCUGGAGCUCGGCAAGAUAUACAUCAUAGCCGGCCGAAUGCCGCAGCUGAAUCUGUGCAGCUACUACAAGGAGUACAUCAACAUGACGAUCAGCGAGCGGCGCGGCUUCAGCGGCGCCUACGGCACCGCCUGCAACUGCACAAUCAACACGUGCUACAAGCAGCAGUGCCCCUGGCAGCGGGAGAGCGCGGACAGCUGCUCGUGGUCGAUGCAUGACAAGUGCAAGCGCGACUAUUCCUCCUGCGUGCUGCACAAGAGGCAAACGGCUGUGGGCGAGGUUCAGUACUGCCGCUGGAGGCGCACGCUGCUCUACAAAAAGUGUCUGAGCUAUCCGUAGGACGUUCACCAGGGGCUGGAGCUGGAGCUGGAUCUGGCCGUGGAAUGGCUUUUGUUAUGCAACAGAUUUUUUUAAUUUUAAUUUUAUACUCGAGUUUAUAAUUGUGUAGAGCUUUAAUUCGUACG